AUGGCAGAAUCAUCACUUUCGUCAAGUGUGAGUGGUGACGUGUCUCACUUGGAUGUUACUCUUGAUUUUGUUCCUCAUCAGGCAACUUCAAUCAAUGAAGUUAUUCCAGAAUCUGUAAUUAAUGUUGAAAGUCAAUCUAGUGAUGAUAAUCAAGUUAAAGAAUAUUUUGUAAAGAAAGAACCAACUGUAUUUAUUAAUGAAAGAGAUGUUUUAAAAGAAUAUAACAUUCCUCACAAGCCAUACAGCUAUCAGUCAUUGGUCACAAGAAACAUCAAACAAAUUGUGCCUAAUCAAACUGUCGUUGUUGGAAAUGCAAACGAAACUGGAGAAGGAAUUGAACCUUCACCAAUUAGAAGAAGAGCCGAUUUUAAAGAUGGACUCGUUUCUGGUUGUACAUUUAAUGACAAGACUCCAACAACUUGUUAUGAAUCUUUUAAAUUUGCUGCUGAGAAAUUCCCAAAUCGUCCUUGCUUGGGUAGAAUUGAUACAAUUGCAAGCAGUUCCACUCCAAAUGCACCUCCACAAUUGGGUGUUAAAUUUGAAACUUAUUCACAAGUUCAAGAAAAGGUUCUCAAUGUUGGUUCUGCACUUGUAAAUACUGGUCUUAAACCACAUUAUCACGUUGCAAUUUAUUCAAAGAAUAGACCUGAAUGGCAAGUUGUUUCUGAAGCUUGUCAUACUCAAUCACUUGUUACAAUUGCCUUGUAUGAUACAUUGGGAGAAGAAUCAUCUGUAUAUAUUAUGAAUCAUGGUGAAGUUGUCACUUUAUUUGUUAGUGGUGAUGAUGUAUUUUCAAAGAAUGUUAUGAAAUGGGUUAAUCAAUGUGAAUAUUUGAAACAUGUUGUCUUGUUUGAUAAUUUAGAAAAUGCUAAAUAUGCAGAACAAGUUCAAACAUGGAAGGAAGAAUUCAAAAACAAGACCAAAGACUCUGUCAAAUUAUAUACAUUCAGUGAAUUCUCUGCAUUAGGUGCUGGUGAUAAGAGAGUUAAUCCAACUCCACCAAGAGCUAUUGAUAUUUCAUCUAUUAUGUAUACUAGUGGUACAACUGGUAUGCCAAAAGGAGUAAUUUUGACUCACUUGAAUAUUGUUUCGACAAUUUCAGGUGUAAUUGGUAAUUUGAUUCACAUUUCAGAGCAAGAUAGAGUUAUUUCAUAUUUACCACUUGCUCACAUCUUGGAAAGAGUUGCUGAAAUGGCUUUCAUUCAAGUUGGUGGUAGUAUUGGUUAUUGGAGAGGUGAUGUUAGAAAACUUAAGGAUGAUAUUGCAAUUGUUCAACCAACUUUGUUCCCUGCAGUUCCAAGAGUUUUGGAUCGUCUCUAUGAUGGUAUCAGAGAUCAAAUCAAACAAAAGAAAAAGUUUGCCCAAAUGAUUUUCCAAAAAGCUUACAAUUCCAAGCUGAAGGCCAUUGAAACUAAUGGUAUUGAAGUUAAGAACCCAAUUCUUGAUAUGUUGGUUUUCAACAAAUUGAAAGCUGCUGUUGGUGGUAAAUUGAAGGGUAUCUUAUCCGGAGGUGCACCUUUAAGAAAAGAAGUACAGCAAUUCAUUUCAGUUGCUUUCGGAUGCCCAGUUGUUCAAGGUUAUGGUUUAACUGAAACAUGUGCCGGUUCUACAAUUCAAUUGCCAUAUGACUUCUCAACUGGUCAUGGUGGCUGCUUAUUGCCUUGCUUGGAAGUCAAAUUGGUUGACGUUCCAGACAUGAAUUAUUCCAAUAAGUCCAAUAACAGUGGUGAAGUUUGUAUCAGAGGUCCAAAUAUUUCACUUGGCUAUUAUAAGGAAGAAGAAAAGACUCGUGAAGUUUAUGAUACAGAUGGUUGGUUCCAUACUGGUGAUAUUGGAAGAUGGUUACCAUCUGGUCAAUUAGCAAUUGUUGAUAGAAAGAAGAACAUGUUUAAAUUGGCUCAAGGUGAAUAUGUUGCUGCUGAAAAUGUUGAAGGUAAAUUGAGUGAAGCCAAUUAUGUUUCUCGUUUGUGGGUUUAUGGUGAUAGUUACAAGACAUUCCUUGUCGGUUUUGUUGCUGUUAAUGGAUUGAAAUUAUUGGAUUGGGCUUUACAAAAUCAAAAGUUAGCAAACGUCACUGCCAUUUCUCAACUUUCAGAAUCUCAACAAUUGGAACAUUUGGAAAAAUUAUGUGCUGAUGAAUCAGUAAAUAAGAUGAUUCUCAAAGAAUUGGAAAGAGUUGGAAAGGAAAAGAAAUUAUUAGGGUUUGAAAUGGUUAAGGCCAUCAAAUUGCUUCCAAGAGAUUUUGAAUUCUAUCCUGGAUGUACAACACCAAAAUUGAGUCUUGUUAGAAACAAGCUUAGAGAUUUGUUCCAAAAGGACAUUGACGAAAUGUAUGAAAAGACUGAUGUUAAAUAA